UCACGCCAUAGUCUCGGCAUCGCCUGUGUCUCUUCGCUUCUCCGUUCUCAUUUUUUUCCCUUUCGAAAAACCGUGCAAACCUCUUGUACAUGAGAAUUCGUGCUGCUGGUGUUGUGCGUGCAUUGUUGGUGUGUGUCCCCCCCUCAAAGGUUAUUUUUCAAGAUGGCCUGGGUGCUGUCGCCCGCCGUGGUGCCUACGAGCCUUACGGUUUAGUGCAGUGCUGCUGAGUGUCUCUCAACCUAACGCUCAAACAACUCGAAAAUUCCACAAAGUGUCUCAAAUAUUGGCAAAAUUGUGAUAACCUCGAUGAUUCACAACAUGUAAAAAACCUUACAUGGAGCGACAAGCUGCAGUGAGACCGAAGGCCGAAUGAUUUACGUCGACGAAGCGACAAACACACACGUUGUACGUCGGUCACGAGUCUCCCGCGCUCGUGUGACGUUUUACGUCCAGUCUGUUGAUCUGAUAAAGGCACGAGAUGGAAUCGGCUUUGGCCCAGGAUAUUUCUCCCCUCGUUGAGGCCCAAGAGGAUUCCAGCUCAGUGGAUCAACCAACAUGUAACAAUGAAGCGUUUAUUGAAGUCCCCGAGACAUCCACCACCCACUUCAAAGCAAACAAUCAUGAGGAUGAUUUAGAUCAGAAAUGUACAUCACAGCAAUCGUCUCACAAUGGUGCAAUGGUCCCAACAACUGACGAUUACGAAAUCUGCAGCAUUUCCCAAAAUAAAAACUCUAUUACUACUGAAGUUAUGGUGACCCAAGUGAAUUCCCUCGGUGAUAGACUAUAUUCCUACAGUGCCCCAUUACCGAAGGAAAGGCCAUGUGAUUUUUCACCAAUCAAUGCAGAGAUGAAAAAAAUUGGUGUUGAGAUAUCGGAGGAAGAGGCCAAACAAUUGAAGAACGAUAUCAGACGAUUAUCACCAGUGCUUGUGAGUACACAUGAACGAACUCUCGGUGAGAUAUCAUUGACAUCAGAUUCUGGACUAUUUGAUGAUGAAAAAUAUGAACAAAAUGAUCAGGAAACGUCACCGAGUAAUUACGUAGAUAAUGUUGAGAGUGCUGUGAGUGACAAUGAUGAUAAAACAGAUGAGACUAAAACAGGUGUGGAACUGGGGAUGGGAGAGAGUAGAGUCAGUGAUAAGGAGAGAAUGAGUACGUCAAAGGGGUUGAUGGUCGUGUUGGAGCGAAUUGAUGAGAAUCCAGAGGUUUUGCAGCUGAAGUUAAAGGAGGGCAAUGAGUUGGGGGUGGAAAACACGUGUGUGAGUGAUUUAAGGACCGUGAAGGAUGUAGAGGGAUAUAGUUUGUCGCCCAAGUACUUGGAGAACGAUCAGUUGACGAGGAAGAGUCCAAUGGUGAUGAUCGAAAGGGUCAGUGGGCUGGGGGAUCAACUGGUUGAGCAGGAGGACGUGAGAAUUGUGAGGAAACUUGAGGUUGAUUUUGAGGAGGAAGACGAUGUGCUGGAGGCUAGCAAGAUUAGUGAGUCCUCGGACUGUUUGGAGGAUGUUAGCGCGGGGAUUGGGGAGGUUCAGGAACAGCAAGACACUGAGACUGAGACUGAAACCGGCUCUGAUAGCUCGGAACUCAUUGGAAUGCCUAUUAAUGAGACUGCCAGGUGUGGGGGAGAUGCUAUUGUUUGUGAUGAGGUAAAUCCAGAGGUGAUGGCGAGGCUUGGAGCUGGGGAACCCGAGGCUUUUACUGAGGACUCGGCUGAGAGCCUCGCACUGGCUACGGGGACCAGGGAUGAAGUCCGGUCGGAUGGAAGUGAUUCGGGGCUUGGUGGAGAAAUUCCAGGGGAUCCGGGACCUACUCCGGCUCCUGAGAGUGAUUCAGAGACGAGCUUUCUGGAUAGAAUACCUGAUGAUAUCCUCUCCGAUAAGGAGAAAGUGGUGAAUACACUGGAGGACUAUGGGUCACCUAGCGGCAGUGCCAAUGCAGUGACACUGCCUAGUUUUCCAACGCCACAAAAGAGUAGCCUGAAGCGACGAUUGAGCGAUUGCAUGGAGGGUGAGCCGAAUGCCAAACGUAACAACAGUGAGCCAGCCAGGAAAAAACGUAAUAUACAGUUUGACGCUGUUACGGUUUAUUAUUUUCCCCGGUCUCAAGGAUUCACCUGUGUGCCCUCUCAGGGUGGGAGUACGCUGGGCAUGAGUGCAACGCACACCCACGCAGAAAGAUUUUCCCUGUCUGAGCAUGCAGCGGAACAACGACGACUCCAUCGUGCGCGUUUGGCGCAGGUACGCUCGGAAAGAGCAGCGAAUUGUGUGGUAGAGGCUGCCUCGAGCUCUGAGGAUCCCAGCGACGACACCGAUGAGGAGCCCAGCGACGGCGAGGAGCUCGAUAUCGAUAGCUACUAUUUUCUACAGCCUGUACCUACGUGGCAGAGGCGCGCUCUGCUACGCGCCGCCGGGGUCAGAAGGAUAGAUGCACUUGAGAAAGACGAGUGCAGGGAUAUACGUGCUAGUAGAGAGCACUGCGGAUGUGGUUGUAAAGGCUAUUGCGAUCCUGAGAGUUGUCCUUGUUCCAGGGCUAAUGUUAAGUGCCAAGUGGAUCGUGCAGGUUUCCCGUGCGGCUGCUCCCGCGACGGCUGUGCAAACUCCUCCGGGCGGAUAGAAUUCAAUCCAGUUCGAGUUCGUACACAUUUCAUCCACACCCUAAUGCGCCUGGAGCUCGAGAAAAAAUCGCGCGACGAGGACUCAACUGAGCACGAGCCUUCCCUCCCCCGAGGUCCCCUCCGCGAUCAUCAUCCAGCCCAAAUUCACGAACCCCAACCCCCAGACACUUGCCUGACCAACGGUUUCACAACCCUCCACUACGAUCCCCACGAUCCCACCGUCUGCCAGCCUCUCCAUCCAGCCCGGGAAGAUAGCCUGGACCUUUAUGCUAUUCGUGAUGACUGUUAUCCCUCCGAAGAAACCGUCGACAAUUCGCACAAUUCACCCCGCAAGCUCCAUCCCGAAUUCAGUCAAGCUUUUCAACCCUUUCCAACACAGCCUUUUCCACCACCGACCUACCCCGACUAUCAAUCCUACGAGAAUCUUCCCUCGACAUCUAGAACUCAAUUUCCACCGCAAUUUCAAUCAGUACCUUCAAAUCAAAACUUCUCCCACUAUUCUCCUUACCAAGAUCCAGCGAUGCAGCAGUCCUGCCAUCAGCAGCAUCAACACCAGCAGCAGCAACAGCAGCCCAUCUAUGAGACGUCGUUCACCGACGAUAAUGGCGUCCAGCAGUACACUAAUCUCAACUCAGUACAACCCAUGAGUAGUGUUGUACAGCAAAUGGGCAAACUCGAGCCAUUCUCUGAAUUAUUAGCGGGUCGUUACUCAUAUUACGGCGAUGUUGAGCCACAGCCAAUCAGCAGUUAUCAUGCAACCAAAAUUGAGGAGAAGGUUGUGGUACAGGAGGGCGAGGAGGGGGGCGAUGAUUGUGAUGAGAACUUUGGGGAAAUCAUCAAGAAGAGCAUGGUUGAAACUGUGUCUGCUUGAAGGGGUGGUACAUGGCAUGGAGUGUCUCAUCGGUUUUAAUUUGUUGGCAGAAUAUUUUGGGUACCUGAGGGAAAGCUCUGCAUUUUUUUAAUUUCUUGAUUAAUCAAUCGUUCAUUGAAUUUGGAGUGAAGUGAUGGGAAGAAUUUUCUAUUUCCACGGGUUAUGGUUCUCGGGUUGUGCACAUGUUUUAAUUUUACCGUAAUUGGUUGAAUGUGCAUUUAAACAUUUUCUGAAUGAUGAAUUUAACUUUUUUUUCAGACUGACAGAUUUUUUUUUAUCACCGAUGGUGUGACUUACGUGAACGUUGACAAAUUUCUGAAAUGGUCGCUUCAUUCCUUAAUCCAUUCAUCGAUUGAUUAAUGGUGUUUAUUUAAUUUGUUAAUGGGAUACGAUAGGGCGUGUACAAUUGUAUUUAACGAAAAUACGAUUACUCGGAAUUCUGUCCGGGUGGUAACGUUCAAAGUAGUAGUGAAGUGGUAAAAGGGAUUAAUUCAAAUACAUCGGUUUUGGUGAUUGCGAGAAAAAUUCGCUGAUUAUUGAUUUUAGGGGAAAAAGUGGUUAAACUUUUUUCGAAUAUAAAAUAUUCAGUGUAAAAAUCUGGUAGUCUCUUCUCGAAAUAACAAUUACCAGUGUAAUUACAUAAAUAAUGGUUUUACCACUUGCCUGCUCAAAAUUGAUUUAGUAGAUCAAUUCUACGUAUUAUUUUCUUACUUUAAUUAAUUGCCUAUUGAUUUCUGUGGGAGGGACAAUAACAAUUUUAACGAUGAGAAACGAUAUUUCAACGAGGUUGUGACCAAAAAACAACAAAUGGGAUCAGCUUAGAUUGCAGUUUAUUAUUACGCAACUUUAAUACAUAAAAGAAAAUGAACACAAAUCGUGGUUAAAAACAUAGACUCGCAGGUCACGUGGAUUUUGGGGGUGACCCUUGGAUCAAUUUUUCAGUUCAUCCGGAUUUAUUUGACAGUAAAUUUGUAGAACGAGAUGAGUCGUAUAAACUUGUCUCUUAAUUAGGUGCUUAUCUCGGAAAUGGGCAAUUCAUAAGUUAAAAGAGAGAGAGAAAGUGAGGCGAUUUUCGUGUGGAAUCAGACAAUGCUAUCCUGAAAAGCCAUCCUCACAGUCUAUCCUUGCAUUGCUCAUGACCGAGAUAACUUACAACUCCACAACUAGUGUAAGAUGUCGAAUCAAAUCGUUCUAUCAUUUUACUGCGCUUGAUAGAAUUUUUUAUAAAAUAAAAAAGGGUCGUCCUCUCUCUUCGUUGCACAGGGGUAGUAUCAGCAUACUGACCACCCUCGAUGCAACUGUGAUAACGUGCAUUAAAAAGCAAGAUGAAGAAAAAAAUUAAAAUUAAAAUUUAUUCAGGAUUUGUUGAGCUGAAUUUGUGGUUUUUAUUGACGUUAUACUGUUGAUUAAAUUAAAAGAAAAUCGUUGAGCACAGAGAACACUAGAAACACACAAAAGAGAUACGUAGAUAUAUCACGGUGCCCGGCUGAUCGAGAUCACAUACUAUUUCAUUAUUUAUUAUUCAUUGAUAUUGGGUUUCGAAGGAAUUUAGCAGUGAAGUGGGAAUAUUUUUGAGAAGAAGAGUAUCCAUUAGUUUUAGAGAUAUCGGAAAUACAGUCGCCUGAGCUUUCCCACUCCACUACAGAUUCAAAGUUUCGAAAACUUAUGGAGCAAUUUUAAUGAAAAUGGGGACCGCUUUAUAACUCAAUCAAUGAAGUUAAUGGAACGAAUGAUGGAUUUUAGAGAAGCAUUGAACAACUUUCUAAGUUCUUGUUGGGGCAAUAUGUUCAGAGUUCGUGUUUUUAAUUUUAAAAACAUGAUUGAAUUGUAACUGCGUAAGGAAGAAAUAAAUAACUGUACGACGAUAGCAUUAAAUUUAUACAUAUUUACCCGGACGUGUCAGCUCCCGAGCAAAUCCCGACUAAAAUACACUGUGAGAGAGAAAUCAGUAGUGAAGUGGUGGAAAGUCGAUAAGCCGAAAAUAAAUUUUCAUGUGAUUUUGAAAAUUAUCUCUGCAAUCAGUAGAUUCGUUAGCAAUAGUGAGUAUUUCACUUCUGAAUCCACUGGCUACCGAGAUUAUUAUUGAACAAUCUGUACAAAAUUAGUCGAUUUGUCCCCAUUUCGCUACAGAAUAUACAAAAUUAUAUAUAAAUAUAUGAAUAUUGUAUAUGAUAUUUGUUUAUCGAAGUAUCGUAAUUCAUGGUUGAUUUUGUUGCGUCAAUUAAAUCGUCACAGAGGACGAUGAAUCUGCAAAAAUUUGUAAAAUAGUAAAAAUACUAAUGUUUAACGGAAAAAUGAAAAAAAAUAUUGCGGAAGGAUCGAGUGGGUUCCUCGAAUGAAAUUAAAUACUUUGGCAGAGCAAUGACAUUUGCGAGGGACGUGACACCUCCUUACAAUUAUAAAUAUAUAAAUAUUAUAUAUAAAAGAAAUAUAAAUACGAAGUAUCACGUAUGUAAGUAACUUUUAGAGUAUUUGAGUAAAAAAAAGGCAUACAUA